AUGGAUAACUUUAUCGAGAAUGUGUCCGGCUACUCCAUGUGGGAUAUCCGCAAUGCCAUCGACAAAGUGACGGCAAAGGUGAUGAACCUGACAGAGAUGGAGCAAAAGGUCAGGGAGGCAACCAGCAACGACCCCUGGGGUGCAUCCGGAACCCUCAAGCAGGAACUCGCCCAGGCCACCCACAACUUCCAAUACUUCAACGAGAUCAUGCCUGCCAUCUUCAAGCGGUUCGCAGAGAAGGAACCCAGGGAAUGGCGUCAAAUCUACAAGGCUUUGGUGCUUCUGGAGUACCUUGUCACGCAUGGUUCAGAGCGCGUGGUUGACGAGGCAAGAGGACAUAUCUCGACGAUCAAGGUCCUUCGCAGCUUCCAGUACGUCGAUGACAACGGCAAGGACGAAGGCAUCAAUGUCCGCAACCGCGCCAAGGAGUUUGCGGAUAUGCUGAGCAGCGUGGAUCGCAUCAAGGAGGAGCGCAAAAAGGCGAAGACCAACCGCAACAAGUUUGUUGGCUCUGAGGGUGGUGGAUUCGCUGGCACUGGCUCCAAGUAUGGCGGUUUCGGAAGCGACAGCUACCAUGAGGGCGGAGGAGGUGGUGGAGGAUAUGGUGGCAGCACAGGAUCAGGAGGUUCGAGGGGCAGCAGCCGUUACGACGACCGUAGCAGCAGCCGAUCCAACCGCUAUGAUGACGAUGAUCGCGACCCCUCGAACUCGCCGCCUGUUCGUCGCACUGCUCGCAAGACAGAGACCUCCAAGCCAGUCGCCAAGGUCGAGCCGGUCAAGGAGGUCAACUUGUUUGAUUUUGAUGAGCCUAUCUCGACCUCGUCUGCACCAUCCAACCAGAAUGCGUUUGGUGGAAAUACAGCCAAGCCCGCCGCAGCUUUGGAUGAUGGCUGGGGCUCGCUCCAGUCGGCGACGGACGACUUUGAUGAUUUUCAGAGUGCGCCACCAGUCGAGACCAAGAGCCAGGCCUCGGUACCCUCAUUCCCAGCCUAUAACCCCACUAUGGCGUCUGUUCUCCCUCCUGUCCGCACCAAUAACGCCACUACCAGCAACAACAAUAACAACAAUACUGGAUUUGGUGCAUUUGGCGGCUCAAGCGGUGGAUCUGCGUUUGAUUUGCUUGGUAGCACCCCUGCUAGUGGCGGCAACAGCGGCAUGGGCAACUUUGGAAGCACCAUGCAGCCCAUGUCAGCCUCCAUGGCCCAAUCCAAGCCCACCACCACUUCUUCCUUCCCCGCCCAGAACAACAAUAACAACAACAGCAGUAGCUCGAAUGAUAUCUGGUCGAAUGCGUCAGGAUUGAUUUCGUUGGAUGGACUGGGCAAGACAAAGACAAAGGAGGCUGCACCAUCAAUGAAUGCACUUGCAGCCAAUUCUUGGAACUCUGGUUCAUGGGCCAACAAGCCCACGACACCAUCAUCAGCAGGAUCGAAUGCCUUUGGUAACUUUGGCAGUAUGGCAACCAACACUCAGUCGACCAACAACAAUAAUAACAACAACAACAACAACAACAACAACAACAACAACAACAACAACUUUAACGACCUGUUGUUCUAA